ACUGACGCCGCUCUAUAUUGGGCGUGUAAUUACUCUGAGUUCAAUAACGCAUUAGUUACAAAACAGAGAUACCUCGAGGUCAGGAGAACUUCUGAAAUACUCUUAAGCUCAAAUGUUAAAUUGGAACCAGAACUGUGAAUAUACAAUGAGACCUUAACGAUGACUGGCACCACAAGAAGGAACUUCCUAGUUGGCUUGACUCUGAAAGGAUGCUCUCCGGUCUAAGCAUAGCUGUCCUCCUCCUCCUGACCACAACAAGUGCACACAGUGUUGGUAGGCCCUGCCUCUGCUCAGCCCUCUUUCCUGCUGGACUAAAAGUCAACUGCAGCUCUUUAAACCUCACGGAGCUUCGUCAUGUGCCUUCAGACACCACAGAGCUCCAUUUGAAGGACAACCAGCUCACCUCAGUGUCUCCAGGCCUGUUCGACCGAUUUGUGGGCCUGAAAAAGGUCUCCCUAUCUGCGAACCCCUUCCACUGUAACUGUAGGAUCCAAUACCUGAGGAACUGGCUGCUGAAGAACAGGGCUAUUGUUCUAAAACAGCCCGUCUGUUCCAGUCCAAGCUCUGUGGCUCAGAAAGCUAUCGCUGAACUCAGUGAUGGCCACUUUUCCUCCUGCACCCUGCCAAGCUGUGCUGACGGGACAUUCAACACCAUAAUGGGAGUGAUGCUGUGCUGCCUCAUUGUUCUGCUUCUGUGGAGCUUGAGACUAGCCAGAAAUUCCACUUUUAUUCUGAGCAUAGAUGAGAGACAGUCCGGAUUCGAGGCAGACUCUUUGCACUCACUGAGGCCCAAACACAGAAGGCGGCUGCACACCGGACUGUCCAAAGUCAGUGCAGACACGGAUUCUCUCGUUUUUACAGAGGAUGUAGAAGAACCGCUUCUAAACAUGGAGUUACUGCCACAAGUACUUGACGUGCUACACAAGAAGCACAACAUAAAGAUAAAAGCUACCUGAGGGAGUUCUUUGUCCACUACAGUGGAAUUACAUGAACAAUACCAACAGAAAACAGGGGUUAGGGCAGUAAGAAAGCAGCACAACCAAUUUCUUUUAGUUUUUUUUUUUUUUGCAAUAAAGUUGCUUUUUUUCAUGUUUUACUGCUGCAGCUUUUUACUGAGGCUUAAUUCCUAUAUUUAUUUUUCUUACAAUGCAACCUAAUUUUAUUCAGAGAAUUUUUACACAUCAACACAGUGCAACGGAAACUACUGUAAAAUGAAUUAUCCAAGUUUGUCUUGUGCUUUUCACUGUACUAAUGACCUUGCAUUAUUGUGAGCUAAUUUAACUUUAAAUUGUAUUUGAGCUUAUUGAGACCCAAUCUGAAAUGUCUAGAUACUCUAUGCAUGGUAUAGACACUACCAUUCCAAAGUUUGGGGUCACUUAGAAAUGUCCUUAUUUUUGAAAGAAAGCAGUUUCUUUUCAAAGAAGAUAACAUUAAAUGAAUCAGAAAUCCAGUCUAGACAUUGUUAAUGUGGUAAAUGACUAUUCUAGCUGGAAACGGCUGAUUUUUAAUGGAAUAUCUCCAUAGGGGUACAGAGGAACAUUUCCAGCAACCAUCACUCCUGUGUUCUAAUGCUACAUUGUGUUAGCUAAUGGUGUUGAAAGACUAAUUGAUGAUGAGAAAACCUUUUUGCAACUAUGUUAACACAUGAAUAAAAGUGUGAGUUUUCAUGGAAAACAUGAACUUGUCUGGGUGACCCCAAACCUUUCAACAGUAGUGUAUUUCUUUUACAACUCACUUGUUAGUCAUAUUGGACUCUUGAUUUGUAUCCUUGAAAGAAGAAGGGAGGAUACAUUGUAGAAAAUUCUACAUUAUUUGGUCUGUUAUGAGUAUCUUAUUGGAGUGAUCAAUACCAUUUCUGACAAGUUGUGGAUACUUUCUAAUUGAAAAAAAGACACAAACAGUUUGCCGAACCUGUGUAACUAUUCUUUGUAUUUUCUUAAGGUAUUUACAGUGAGUGAAAUACUACAAAUGGGGCAGUAAAAGCUUUUGAUGUAUCUAAAUAAAUGUCCAGUUAGAUUUUGCUUCUGGAACUAAAAAUUUGUAAGCAUAAAAAUGAAACCGGCUCUGGCAGGAAGAUAUGGUAACAUUUAACAACGACGUCUCUGAUCUGUGCAAAUACUAGUCAGGACUCUGGCAAACUAGACAAAAUGCAGACAGACAGUACUGUUAGACGACAAUAUUGCACAUCAAACAAUUUUCUUUUACAGUACAAGUAUUACUCUCGUAUUCAUGCAUAGAUUUUCCAGGUAAAAUGGGUAAACAAAUGGCUAAAAAUGCGAUAAUAAAAGUCACCUUGAGAAGAAAGGUCAAACGUUAUCUGAAUAUGCCUCUUAAAAACACUGACAAAUUUCUUGUAAUAAAUAUAGGAUGGUAACAGGAUUUGUAACAAUCUACAACAAUACUAUCAUCUAAAAAAAUACUUAGUAGGGUCAAAUAAGGCAGUUCUUACACCUUUCCUUAAUGAAAAAGAGGAAAAUAAAGACAAUCACAAAGAAACAAUAUAAAAAAGAGCAGAUGAUAGUAACAGUUACAUAAUUCGUUUUCUCUAAAGUUUGUCUUAAAGUUAAGAGUUUAAAAUAGGACCAAUAUUUUCUCAAUGCCCUGUCAGGUGGUUAAACAAAGUCCACAGUGUUAAGCUCCUACAGCUGUAUGCAUUAAGUGGUAUUCCCAGUUUAAUGUUCUAAGCCCUCUAUACCUGGACCCUCCGAGACCACACGAAACCCGCCAGCUGAAAACUCUACUGAGGCACAAACUUUUCCUGCUCAAAGAUGAGGUCAACGGCUUCUAACACAUCCUGCACUAUGUGGCCCGGCUCCACCAGCGCCGGGUCGAAUCUGAAGUCCCGGUGCCCGUGGAACACAGUCUCCUUGAUGCAACGGUUUGCAUCGGAUGGCACCUCUGCCUUGGGGUUGUAGACCCCCGUGCAGACCAGAACAGACUUACAGGAGGUAGCAGAGGGCAGCGCCAGCUCGCUCUCCCAUAGGCUGUCCAUCUCCUCCUCCCUGGGCACUGCAGCGGUGGAACCCGUUGCUGCCACCAUCUUAGCAACAGCUUUGGGGUUCUUUCUAGCAGCUCUCUCCUCCAGGUAGCGGUUGUACAGGUUGGCCCCGUAGAUGUCAGUCAUUAGGUUAUCCCUAAGGAUGUAGAAGGGAGGAGACUACUCAGGCACUAUGCACAAAGUGGGCCCAUAUGAGCUAUAAUGUACCACAAUGUGUUUAUUUUCUGCUUUUCUAUGCCUCAACAAUGAAGGAGCAAUUAAAGCAGCUGCAGAAGCA